AUGAGCGCCACGCCCCGCACCGAUCGUAUCACCAAACAAGUUGCGGAUCUGUCGGUCGAGGACGGCGGAUCGCCACAGAAACGUCCCCGUGAGGAGCCGCAGGAAGAAAGCGUGGCAGCCGUUGAGGAGCCGCCUCCUUCCCGUUUCGUACAUGACACAUCUCUGGCCGUGGCUCACGGCCGUCGUUCCACGGAAUACCACAACUUGAACGCUCGGCGUGGUCAACGAGGGCGAUUUGUUGACGCUGUGGAACACCGCGACAAGUUGGCUAAUGCGCUUUUUGCCGUUCUUGCCCGCGGCCACGCUCCGUUGGAGUUGCUCAACGCCAUCAAGACCGCGGAGAGAACUGUUCUGAUGUUAUCGUCAAACGACGCCCUCCGCCUCUACCAGCACGUCGAGUUGGAGUCCAUCGAGUACGCUGAGUAUUGCCUGGUUCAAGAUGAUGCUGCUCAACCCGGUCUCAUCACCGCGGAGCGCCACAUUAGCUACGCUCAACAAAUUUGCGCCUGGGAUCGCGGCAGAGACGCCGGCAUGGACUCGACCGGUCCCGUGACUGCACCCGGCGACACUGUGCUUGUCGCUCGCACUGGCCAGCCGUCUGUGAUUGGCCGUCAGGGAGACGCGUUCGUUGUCGGUACCAGACGAACGAGCCCGAUCUUGCUUGGAGGCAGCGACGAGGACGGCGAGAUCGACAAGGACGAGGAAAUUGACGAGCUGGAGGACAGCUUGGGGACCCCCCCAAUCACGGACAAGGGCAAGGCGCGCGCUGUCGGCAGUGGUUUGGCGGGGCCCACAACUCGGUUGGCAGUGGCAGCAGGCUCGCCAACCAUCGAGGUUGCGAGGCGCGUCCAGGCGAAGAAGAGGAAGAGCGGCAAGGGCGGCCGUGGCAAGCGUCAACACUGA